CCGUCACAGCCUCCUUUCUUUAGCUUUUCUUAGCUGGUUAGCGCUUGAACUGCAUCCAUGCAUUGAUUAGGCGCCGUCUAAAGCCACACCGAUGACGACUAAUCUACCUGAAUUACAUACGCAGUUGAUGAGUCCCGGCCUCUCCUUGUGCUGAAUUUUACAUUUUAUAAUCUGGCCUUUUUCCGCUGUCCCAGCUGUGGAGGCGGUAUACGGACUUCCUUCCUUGACCGGUUUCCUAGGCUCCGAAAUCCGAAAUACGAACGAUAGACAACAAACAGCAAUAACCGCCCGUUCCCCCCUACAAUUGAAUAGAGAAGGACUCGGACAGGAUAUUCACCAUGGCGGACGACCAGGUUCAUGAAGGUGCCUCUGUCAAAGAGCAGCUGAUCGAAGCCUGCCGCCGAAACAACGUUGACCUUUUGAACGAGAUCAUCUCGAACUGCAAGAAUGACGACGAGAUAACCGACCUCAUGAACAAUACCACCACCAUCAUGGGAAAUCAUCUAUACCACGAAGCCGCGCUUCAGGGGAACUACGAAAUAAUCGACACCCUCCUCGACCAACCCAACUUCGAAUGCGACCCCCUCUCGCGCGCCGAAGGCGACACGCCCCUGCACAGCGCCAUCCGGUGGAUCAACAGCGAGCCCCCAGCCCAACGCGCCUUCGGCAACGCGCUCAUAACAAUGAUGCUCGAAGCCGGGUCCAGCACGCGCGUGCGCAACAAAGCCAAGCUCACCGCGUCCCAGCUCGUCGACCCCCGCAACACGGGCCUCCGCGACUUGAUCCGCGAACACGAGUACACGGAGCUAAACGCGGGCGAUUUUAUUGAUGCGGCGAAGAGGGAUAAGGAUAUUGGCAAGAAACCGGUGGCGUCGAGUAAGGGUGUGGCUGGGGAUGUGGGGAGUGAUGAUGAUGAUGAUGAUGAUGCGGAGUUCUCCGGGAGUGAUGAGGAGGAACGGGCGGAGUGGGAGAGACGACGGAAGAAUAAGGGGCGGUGAAGGGGCGG